AGUUCUGUCCCUCUCUGAGCUCCAAGUUCCUCAUCGUAAAUUGGGGACACCCCUCUUCCCCCAACAGUAUCUGGCACAGGGUGCCUCGCAUGGAGGAUGCUGGAAAGCUCCAGCCCCGGAAUUUAAGUCACUUUCUGCUCAGCAAGCUGGGUCUACAGAGCCCCAACGCUCCUAGUUGUCCGCCCUGACCCAGCGUGGACUCGGGGACUGGGGCACUCAAGCCCGGAUCGAGCUAGGUCGGGACUGCUGUCGUGCGUGGCAGGCGAAGGCCGUCGCUCUCCGGACUCGGGUCCUGUGGCGCUGGCGGAGCAAGGCUCCAGGGCAUUUCUGGCUCGUGUGGUCGUGCCAAGGGCGCCAUUGCUGAUGCACGGGGCCAUGGGGGCCGGGUCCGCCUCCUGGGGAGAAACGGGUGAGCGCAAGGGGGAAUCGGCGCCAUCGAGGGUGGAGAAACCGCAGGGAUUUUCGGCUGUCUGCUUUGGGGCGCCAAGGAAGAUGUUCGUCGCCCACGGUGGGAACCUUGAGCCACCACGGCACCGACCACUCGACUAGGCGCUGCCGUGGGAGGCGGGUGUGCGAUUAUUGGGUGACGGCUGACGCUCACCGCCCUUUGCGCACCGCUCGCUGCACCUCUCGACGACGCGCCGCGGCGCUGCGAGGGGCUCGGUCCCGGGGCGCGCCGGCGAUUGGCGGGGGAACGGGACCCGGGGGUGUGGCCGCCCGCGGAUUGGCGAGGCGCGGCGGGGGCGGGCUCGCGCAUGCUCUUAAGUGGCAGCGACGGGGACGGGGUCAGUGCCAAGAUGUCGACGGCGGCCGUUCCAGAGCUGAAGCAGAUCAGCCGGGUGGAGGCGAUGCGCCUGGGGCCGGGCUGGAGCCACUCAUGCCACGCCAUGCUGUACGCCGCCAACCCUGGGCAGCUCUUCGGCCGCAUCCCCAUGCGCUUCUCGGUGCUGAUGCAGAUGCGUUUCGAUGGGCUGCUGGGCUUCCCCGGGGGCUUCGUGGACCGGCGCUUCUGGUCGCUGGAGGACGGCCUGAACCGGGUGCUGGGCCUGGGCCUGGGCUGCCUGCGCCUCACCGAGGCCGACUAUCUGAGCUCGCACCUGACCGAGGGCCCACACCGCGUCGUGGCGCACCUGUACGCACGGCAGCUGACGCUGGAGCAGCUGCACGCCGUGGAGAUCAGCGCGGUGCACUCGCGCGACCACGGCCUGGAGGUGGGGCCGCCGCCCGGGCCCCGCCCCCCGCCCCGGGGUUUGGCUCUGGCCCCGUGGAAGGCACCGAUGGGUGCUGGGCCUCGUGCGGGUCCCGCUGUACACCCAGAAGGACCGAGUCGGAGGCUUCCCCAACUUCCUGAGCAACGCGUUUGUGAGCACGGCUAAGUGCCAGCUCCUCUUUGCCCUCAAGGUGCUCAACAUGAUGCCUGAGGAGAAGCUGGCUGAGGCUCUGGCUGCGGCCACCGAGAAGCAGAAGAAGGCCCUGGAGAAGUUGCUCCCAGCCUCGUCCUGAGGGCUGCCUGGGCUGCUGGCACCCUCCCCUGGGCCGGAAGACUGGGAAUUCCUGCCAAGUGUGGCUUCUGGAGUGUGUGUGUGUGCCCCACUUCUGACUGCCUAGGGCAAAGGGGCAUCCUGUCAUCCCCACUGUCCCAAGCAGUCACUAGGUGGUGGCCGGGCCAGCUGGGACCCAGCCCAUCCUCUCAGGCAGAGCAGGGUGGUCUGGGCACACUGGGCCUGCUUCUCCAGCCUCAGGAUGCUCUUGUUCAUCCCAGGCUCAGACCCUCCUGUGUGUGUCUCAUCCCGGCUGGUGGAGGCCCACAGGGACUGCGCACAGCUCCAGGGCCACUCGGAAUUCCGACGGGAUAUGUGGGUGGACGAUGCCUCGUCUAGGUCAGCAUUCCUGCCUCCUUCCUGAGCCGGCUCAGAGCCUGGGGGAGAGCCAACUUUUGGGGUAGGAAGUUAAUACUGUUAAUUUGGGUUGUUGUUGGAUUUACUUUGCUAGAUUUUCUCUUUCACCACGUGUGAACUGUGGGUGAGGUUUCAAAGUAGCUUCACCCCACGUGGCUUGGUUCCCAGGGACAGUCAGGGCCUCGGGGGCCCAGCUAUGUACGACGAAGCUGUCGAAGGAGAAGACAAUAAAGUCACUCCUCAGCUGCUCUGUGUGU